UCUCAUUUAUAGGACUUAUACACCACUUUAUACGUAUUAAAUCGGGUGUAGCAUAGCUUAAUUAUAGCGUUUAGUAAAAGUAAGUUAGUAAAGUGGUUUUGUAGUUUCUGAAUCAACGCACAAACGAAAGCGGUCGUGACGGUUUUAAGUCAUUAAACGUUUGAUAAAGGAUACAGCUCGUCAGCGACAUAAUAGCCUGAGAUGGACCGUUACAGGUAUUUCAUCUUCAAUCAGAAGAGUGUGGUGGUCCUCGGCAUCCUUCAGGUGGCGUGCGCGGGGCUUUGCGUGGUUUGCGGCUUUAUGGAUGCAGUCUUCCGCAAGAGCACUACUCUGAGUAAAACUAGAGCUCCACUCUGGGCUGGACUGAUUAUGGCUGCCCCUGGUGUGCUUGCUCUCUUUGCAUCCCAGAAGAAAAAAACAAUUUUGGUAAAUGUCAUGAUCGCAUCAUCUGUGAUGUUGCUUUUUGCUGUUGUGAUUGUCUUCGUUUAUGCUUGCGUCUCUCUCAGCUAUGGAGAAGAGGAUGAUGAGAUCUUCCAUGCCCACCCUAUCCCUGAAGUGAGGUUUGUCCUCAGCCGGAUGGUGAAAGGAGCAAACAGCACCCUUCUGGUGGCCUGCAUGGGGUCCUUGCUCUUUUCUUCUCUCAUUGCAUAUGUUGGCUGCCGCAGUCUGCCGCUUUGCGGCUGCUACGACUCCGCAAAUGGCAUGGAGUUUCUAGUUCCUCAGAAUGACCCUGUUACUCCAACUGAACUUGUAUGCUCUUGGCAAGAUGGAGAUGAGCGAAUCUUUAACUCCCCCAUGUCCUUCAUGGAUCACUGUCCUGUACAGGAACAACAAGACCUUUCCAUGCUUCCACCAUAUAGCAGACUAGCAUAGUAAUUGAUUAUUUUUGAUGUGCGUGUGUGUCUGGGGAAAAUAUGAAAUAUUGGGAAAUAUAGUUCAUUAAUUUUCCCCAUAAAGAUUUCAUCAAGCCUGCUUGUUUCAAAUCAACUUAAAUUUGUUUCUUGAUGUUUAAGUUAUCAUCAGUGCCAUAUUUUAUAUCUUUCAGUGUGUUUUUUUUCUUAAUGCAUGUGCCUUGG